AUGAACGCCAUCAGCGGAGGUGGUCCCUACCAGAGCCUUUCCCAGAUAUCUCUGUUAGAUAUCUUCUUCCCUGGUCUCACAGUUGCUUGCCGGGAACCUAGACAGCUACACUCGACUGUUUUGCACUUUGGGAAUAUUUGUCCUCUUCGCCCGUUAUGCAAUUCGCUAUGUCUAGGAGCUACCUCGACGAUUUAUGUCUCAUAUUACGACGAAGCAUACGAUAUACUAGUUGAUUGGAUAGCUGAUCAACCAUUUGUCCACAAUGCCCAUUCAUUGAUUGCUCGUGUGAGAUCCACACAGCGGACAAACAACCUCUAUUCAACAAAGAAAAAGCCUUUGGCUUUUUCUCCUUGGGAUGGAUCAUUUCUUUUUUGGUAUAAGGGACAUUUGCUCGUUCUUCACUACAAUGUCAAAGAGCAUCGAGAGGAUCUCCGUAUCUCCUCCAUUGGUCUUAAUGCCAACAUCCUAAAAAGUUUGAUCGAAGAGUGCCGAGAAAAGUAUCUCAAGGACACCCAGAGAAAGGUCUCUGUCUUUGAACACCGCGAAGGGGAGUGGAAGAAAGCCAGAUUGAGACCAGUUCGACCUAUCUCCACAGUAAUCAUGGACAACGAGGUAAAGGAUGACAUAUUAAGAGAUGUGGACGACUUUCUCGACCAAGAUAUGCAAGACUAUCUAUCACUCGCGGGGAAGCACGAACUAGAUAUCUAUACGCUUCAAUUGUCGAAUAUUUCAGACAGCAAGCUAAUGAGGCUUUUUGCUGAGCUUCCGCCGCGUUGUAUUGUUCUCUUAGAGGACGUGGAUACCGCUAGGGUGGGGCGCAGGGACAGCGUCGACGCAGACCAAGAAACCGAGUUAAAGUCAGCAGUCACCCUAUCCGGGCUUUUGAAUGUUCUUGAUGGUGUCUCAUCUCAAGAAGGCCGGAUACUCAUCAUGACGACCAAUCAUAUUAAGCAUCUAGACGAAGCACUUAUUCGGCCUGGGCGCUCAGACAAGAAAGUGCAUUUCAAGCUUGCCGAUCAGAACAUCUCAACUCAGCUCUUCCACACGGUCUUCAAGCAGUCGCCGAACCAAAAGCAAUGCAGCGAGGAAUAUAAUGACGAGACGAUCGAGAGGCUUGCUCGUGAUUUUGCCAGUAAGAUGCCGGAGCAAGUAUUUAGCCCUGCAGAAGUUCUAUCGUAUCUUUUGGAGCGAAAGAAGUCACCUUUAGAUGCUGUUUCUUGCAUGGAGAGCUAG